AUGGCCUUUGAUUGCGGAGCUGGAGACAUAAUAGCUGGCAUUCGCAUAGCACUUACAAUCUACGAGUAUGGAUUCACUGAAGAAAAUGCUGCUGAUGUACGAUAUCAAGAAUUCCAAAACGACAUCCUCAACUUCAGUCUUCUUCUCGAAAGACUCGAUCGUUCGCUUCGAGAUGCUCAACGCCGCUUCAUCGAUGGCGGCAUGUUCGCACGAGCACAAGGGGCCUACGACCCCAUGGCUCCCGACUUUGACGCCGAACGCAUUGCUUUGAUCGGAAACUUUCAAGACACCUUGCGCGCGUGCGAAGCACUACUGGGUGAGAACAGGAAGUAUAGAGAGCGCUAUGCUACGGUCCUCGAGAGCCUUAUGUGGCACCUCAAGCAACAAGAAACGCGAAUAGACAACUUGCGCCGUCGGCUCAGAUUCCAUUGUGACAAGAUUCGACUUGUUAUCGAUCGAUUGUCUCUGAAUCUGCUGACUAGCAUGGAUUCAAAACUGGAUGAUCUUCUUGGGAUCACAGAGGAGAAUCUGGCCGUCUCUCAAGACAUUUACGAUGAACUCCGACGUCUUCGACAGGUGCUUAUCGGGCGGGGUAGUGCUACCGGUGACCAACCUACGGAAGAUGUGCACCACGCAACUCCCGACGUUGAGCGCCGUUUUGAAGCAGCUCUAUUCAUCAACACACCGACUAACCUCUCAUCCGGCCUUCCACUUAUCGAAGCUUUCGAUGCGUUGUACUCUUGUUUCGAAGACAGCGUUGAAAGUCUGACCCAGACCCCACACAAAUACCUUCUUCUGCUCAAAAGCCGGUGGUUGAUCUCUCGCAUCAAACAGAGCGAAGAAUACCUGAGGGCUCGGCCAGGCUUCUAUUACAGGCGUGCUAUCAAUCAAGUCGAUCAAGGCAUCAGACUGAGAAUCCGCUCAGGGCAUGUGAAGGCGUUUGAUGAAAGGGUACUACUCUCUUUGCCUGAGAAAUGGUUCGAAAUAUGGCCUCCACCAACCCCGAGAGCAUCUACCAUCCUCCCUGAACCACAUCCUUUGUCUGUCCGCGCCAAUGAGCAGGAAGUUGCCCGGAUAGAACUGGCCGCGGACGAGGGUCAAGCCACGCACUUUGUGACCGUGUUCAAACACAGCGAUGACAACUUCCGGAUCACAAAAGAAACAUCGACUGCUACAGGGCAGCGGGUCAUCACCACACAGCAAGUAUAUACCAGAGAGGAUACGCUCAUACCUCGUUAUACUUUACCCACGCUUCCCUCUUCCAGUCCAGAAGUUGCGAUUUUUUCACGGAACGAGCUUACCUUCUACCAUUUCAAGAGUGAGGAGGACCUAUGGAGAUUCCAGGCUGCGCUCACCGGCUAUGAUGUGUCCCACGAUCAACCUGACGUCCUUUGUCAAUUCGGUCGAAGUCUGGACUCAUUUGUGUGUAACGGCAGAGCUCAGCUUUGGCAAGAUCCAAUUGUGUUCAGCUCGCAGCCAGGUGCCAUUGCACCUGGCAUACCAUCUGCAAGAAGCAAUAGCGACAAAGGCGCGUCCAUCUCACGCUCUCGACAGCCCAGUUUCGCCCCGUCCGUGGCUCACACCAAUACAUUCACAUACACAGCCGAUGGAUGGAUCGCCGAGAAUAUCAAGCUUCCUGCUCUUGUCUUGUUCACACAACUAGAACACGGCAAGAACAUCAACCGCUUCGCCGUCGUAUAUAUUGAACUUGUGGAAGGUAUCGAGAUCGAUCGUAACGCGUGUUCUUGCAAAGACGACUACUAUUCCUGCUCCAAGCUUGUCAUCUCUGGUGGAAAGAAGGGCCGACUGCCUGUGCGGAUUGCUGUCUCUGAACUGGACGAUUCAGGCAAGCCCAAUCCCAAUACUUUCGAUGUGCUCCCGUUCCGACUACCACGACGACCCGACUACAAGGACAUAAAGUUGAGGCACACAGAACAUGUUGUGUUGAAGUUCUCGAACCUAGAAGCCAAGCAAAGGUUCGAUCGUGGCCUGAAGUAUCGUUUCGCAGUACGAGAGAAGCAAAGGGAGAACGCAGACACGAUUACGGAUAUCCUGAUUUACAACUCCAACAAGCCUUUGCGAAGAGAUCAGUAUCUCUUACAGAACGUUUCGCGAAGGAAUUCGAUAGCAGGCUCGCUCCCAGCUAUGAACAGCGUUCAGACUCUGCCACCUCACCUCGAGGUGCCCGAAUGGUCCAGCUUCUCGGACGACGUUGCGCAUGCCACGGACUCCCGUCCGAUACGUGGCAGUCACAACGUCAGUGGUUCGACCUCGAUGUCUGGGAGCUAUGGAACAAAUGUCAGUGGCGGACGAUCGGCCUCAUCGAACAGCAGUGCUGAUCAUGAAGUGAACUCGAAUACCACCAUCUCGCCAAGAAACAACGCUCUCCUCGACCACGAGUCCAACGCUUCAACCGCGUGCGAUACCGAUUCGCGACAGCUUCCCUUCCAGCAGGGGUGUACCAUCUCCAACUUCAGCGACUUCGAGUCCGUCCAAUAG